ACAACUUCUGAGGUUUGAAACAAGUACAACAACAGUACUCUCCUUCCAAGUAGCUUUGGCUUGGUGAGAAAAUUCUGAGCUGGAAGGAUUCUGAUUCAAUUAGUGUUCCAUACAUUAUUUUGUCUUUUUUCUGAAGUGAUGCUGAAUACAACCUCAGUCACCGAAUUUCUCCUCUUGGGAGUGACAGACAUUCAAGAACUGCAACCUUUUCUCUUCGUGGUUUUCCUCACCAUCUACUUCAUCAGUGUGGCUGGGAAUGGAGCCAUUCUGAUGAUUGUCAUCUCUGAUCCUAGACUCCAUUCCCCUAUGUAUUUCUUCCUGGGAAACCUGUCCUGCCUGGAUAUCUGCUACUCUACGGUGACACUGCCAAAGAUGCUGCAGAACUUCCUCUCUACACACAAAGCAAUUUCUUUCUUGGGAUGCAUAAGCCAGCUCCAUUUCUUCCACUUCCUGGGCAGCACAGAGGCCAUGCUGUUGGCCGUGAUGGCAUUUGACCGCUUUGUGGCUAUCUGCAAGCCACUUCGCUACACUGUCAUCAUGAGCCCUCAGCUCUGUACCCAGAUGGCCAUCACAAUCUGGACCAUUGGUUUCUUCCAUGCCCUGCUGCACUCCGUAAUGACUUCUCGCUUGAACUUCUGUGGUUCCAACUGUAUCCAUCACUUCUUCUGUGAUGUGAAGCCGUUGCUAAAGCUGGCCUGUGGGAACACGGAGCUCAAUCAGUGGCUGCUCAGUACUGUCACAGGGACAAUUGCCAUGGGCCCCUUCUUUCUGACACUUCUCUCCUAUUUCUACAUUAUCACCUACCUCUCCUUCAAGACCCAUUCUUGUAGCAUACUCCACAAAGCGCUGUCCACUUGUGCCUCCCACUUCAUGGUAGUUAUUCUUUUGUAUGCACCUGUUCUCUUCACCUAUAUUCAUCCUGCCUCAGGGACCUCCAUGGACCAGGACCGGAUCAUUGCCAUCAUGUACACCGUGGUCACACCAGUACUAAACCCACUGAUCUACACUUUGAGGAACAAGGAAGUGAAGGGGGCCUUGGGUAGAGUGAUCAGAAGACUUUGAUUUGAAUAAACUAGAGAACUCUUCUGAGGCAUAAAUAACCAG